UAGCCUCGAGCACAUUAAAGGCGCCGUUAGGAUCGAAAUGGUGGAUAAGCUGUGUAUUAGUCGAUAUGCGCGCGAUUAUAGGACUAUCGCGAAGGCUAUGUUCAAGCAUUCGGAUGAGCACAAGUUGGUCACCAAUUCCCAUCUACCCGGCCUCCGGUCCCGACCGGUCAGCCCCAAAGAACUACUACUCGAUUUGAAUACAAACUCUACGCAAGGAUUGCCAACUAAUUCCACUGAUGGCUACUUCCAGCUCCACGUGACCGAGAUUUAUGAGUUCCCCAACGAGACAUACGUCGAGCGGCAGAGCUGUAAUUCCGGACGAAAUAUACUGCAACUCAACGACAGCACCGUAUGUUCGCUGCGAUCACCGGACCUCCGGAAGGGACAGAGGCUUAUCUUCUACUAUAUGGGACGUCCGGUCGAGAGUGAGGACGACUUUCUCAACAAGAAAAUCAUGCCUUUCACUCACUUCAAGUUCAACAAUAACCACGACUACAAUAAUGACAACACCACAGGAGGCGUAAAGUUUGAGCUACCGAUCUAUCAGUACAUUAGCUAUAAGGAGGCCAAAGCGCCCCUCAAUGCCACCUCUCUAUUUGCCACUACAUUCCGUCACUACACACAAUAUUAUAUUGUCCUCGAGAUCUGCACCCAUCAUAAAGGGGUUCUUACGUGCAAACCAGUCGAUCACAUCAAGACUAAGACUCUGCCAUCACCGACCGCUGAUUAUAUAUACGAUAACGCGAUGUAUGAGACGGUGAACGGCACUAACGCCACAAUUAAUUGGUCGGAACCGCUUGAACCUAACGGUGCCGUCAUUUCAUACGAUAUCCAAUAUUUUAAAUCCACAGAAUUUACAGAUAAAGCGAAAGCGGAAUACGGCGACAAAAUAUGCCUGAAUCAGUGGCAGUAUUUGCUAAAUAGUAACAGUUUUACAAUGACUGGUCUGGACCCGGGCACCAACUACUCGUAUAGAGUGCGGGCUAACUCUAUACACGGUACGGGCAACUGGACUACAAUUCACACAUUCACUGUACCCGGAGAGAACUGGACUACAAUUAACUACAUUAUAAAUUUUGCUCGUUUCAUAAAACAUGGCAUAAUAUAAUAGUUGUUAAAAACAUGAG